AUGUCUUCCGAACCACAGCAACUCCCCUCGGCCCCGUUUCCGAUCCUGACUUCGGUCGCAGAGCUGAGGCAAUGGCGCGCUCAACAGCUGCAGGAGGGCAACACCGUCGGUUUUGUUCCGACCAUGGGAGCCCUCCAUGAUGGGCAUAUCAGUCUGGGUCCGUUCUCUUCUGACUUGGAAGAAUCUUGGCGGCCAGGGUCGUGGGCAUGGGAGCGAGCUCGGACCGACUGGUUGGCUCAAGCCGAGCCGUGACCCCGUCCCCCCACUUGGGAGUUCUUGGCGGCUCGAGACGAGGGCCGAGAAAGAGCUGACACGGCGGCGCUUUCUUCACCCUGCAAUCAUGUCACGACACUGGGAACCUUUGAAUCUGCUCGAUAUUUGCACAUAAUCAGUCAACGAAUCCCUCUCCCGUACCGAUUCGACGAUCGUGUCCAUCUUUGUCAACCCCGCACAAUUCGCGCCGACCGAGGACCUCGCGACCUACCCGCGCACCUUGGAAGCCGAUCUCGAACGUCUCAAAGCAGCCCAGUACCACCCUUCGAGUGGGACUACACCAAGAAAGGUUACGGCCUUGUUCCUCCCCCCCGUGUCGGCGCUUUAUCCCUCGGGUAUCACAACUCAAGUCUCGGAACAGCGAGGUACGUUUGUCGAGGUUAAGGGGCUACAAGAGGUCAUGGAAGGCGUGUCCAGACCAGGCUUCUUCAGGGGUGUAGCAACGGUUGUACUCAAACUGUUCAACUUGGUCCAGGUGAGUGGAAGAACACCCCACCCUCAUAUACUAUCCUCGAAGACAUGAAACCUGAGAAUCCUGAACCCCACCUUUGUCCCCCACCUCCCAACCUCCCAAAAGCCAACUCGAGCGUUCUUCGGCCAAAAAGACAUCCAGCAAUGCCUCCUCCUCCGACGUAUGCUACUGGACCUUCACGUGCCCCAUCCCCUCCCUUCCGACCUCGUCAUCAUCCCGACCCACCGCGACGCUACGAGCCAUCUCGCGUUGAGCAGUCGGAACGCCUACCUCUCCGUCGCCGAACGACCCUGGGCUACGGUCCUCAUCGACGCCUUGAAAGCUUGCGAACAUGAAUGGACUCGACAACGAAACGAGAACCCCGAUGGUAGGGUCCUCGUCGGAUCCGUUUUGAACGAAGCAAAGAAACAUUUCGCCCAGGUCCAGGAACGAGCUUCUACCUCGGCCGAUGGUGCGGGAGUGACCAUCUCGCCCAUCUACGUCGAGCUCAACGAUCCUCUCGAAUUGACGCACCUCGGUUAUGAUUAUGGUGUUCCUCGCGGCCAUGGAGCGAUCCUAAGCGGAGCGGUCAUGUUGGGUAGGACAAGGUUGAUCGAUAACCUCGUCUUAGAGUUUGACUUGAAUUGA